UUCAUACUUUAUGACCUAGAUAUUAUCGCACAUUCAAUUUAAUCUUUCAUUAUAGGACUGCAGUUAGGAUGGCCACACCAUAGAUGACGAGAUAAUAUAAAAGGCCUAUUGGUUAAUUGCACUUUAGAUCUAGGAUAAAAAGAUCUAGGAUACUGGGGUUAUAAUUAACAGUUUGUAUGAUGGAAAACAAAUCUGAGAUGGGUGGUAGACCAAGCGACGACACACAACAGCUACCAAAUGCGCCACCGCCACAAUACCCGGGUAUCCCAGACUAUAAUUACCAAGCUCAAGCUGUACAGGCUUUGCAACAACCUCCAAUAAUGAUGCAGCCAGGACAACAACAAAUGAUGCAGCAGCAAAUGUUUCAAAUGCAACAAAUGCAAAUGCAACAACAGAUGAUGGGAGGAGCCGCAAUGAAUCUAUUUAACAACCAUUUGAAUAAUUUAAUGGAAGGGUCCAAUAAACAUUCAGGAUUACUGAAUGUUGCACCUGACGUGUGGAUGACCAAACCAGAUGGCGGACCCGUGACAUCUCCCGGACUUGAAUAUCUUAAUGUCUUGGAUAAAGUUCUAAUUUAUCAACAAAUUAACAUUGUUGGAGUAAUGAAUCGUUCUACAAGUUCAACGUACAAAAUAUUGAAUGAUGCAGAACAGAUGAUUUAUAAAGCAAGUAAACAAUCAACUGCGCGGAUUGACACUCCGAUGGCCACUGCUGCCGGAUUUCACCUGGGAAUCACAGAUAAAAAUGGACAGGAAAUUAUUCGAACUGGAAGAAGUGAGAAAUGUUGCAGUGGAGCACCAUGCUGUUCUUGUAUUUCUUUGAACGAAUUUACAAUUCAAACCCCACCUGGUCAAGUUGCUGGAGCGGUCAGUCAAGGACCAAGUUUGAUGUCAACAAUUUAUAAUAUUGAGAGUGGUGAUGGACAAUUAUUAUAUAAAAUUACAAACAACAAUUGUUUACUUUGUGGCAACGCUUGUGCCGAGAGAAUUCCUUUCACGAUAAAAUCAGCUGAUAGUGGUGUACAAGUUGGGACAAUACAAGCGAUGCAACAAGAUAUUUUUCAAAAAAUGUUAACAAAUAGUGCUGGAUUUAUUGUAACAUUUGAUGGUACUCUUGAUGCGAGGGAAAAGGCUAUAUUAAUGGCUUGUGGUUUCUUUGUGGAAGCCAAUUUCUACGCACAGUAUCAUCGUGGUGGCAGAAGACGUCGACGUUGAAACCGGAAAAUGUGAAAACAGUUACCAUUACCAAAGCAUGUUAUUGACGCUCUCGGCAGCAACGCUUAAUUUGUAUUAAUUUUUAUACUAAGUAGCUUACUGAGUGUUGAUUAAUAUAUUUAUAUUUCGAUACUUUUAUCAGACCCGGAACUUUAUGCUGCACAAGUGGGAUUAUUUAUAGGAUUUAUUUACGUUAUGUUAUUUUUUUCGCAUAGUCUGCAUAUUAUGACAAUAACAAUUUGUUCCGGUUAUUUAUUUCGUAUAUUCACACAUAGGCUUAUAAAAUCUGCUGUUUCAAAUGGCAAUACAAUAAAUGUGCAUCUUCUUUGUGCUGUCUACCUGUUCUUUGGAGAGAAAAACGUCAGCGCUCAUGCCUAUUCAAGCUUUAAAAAGAUUCAAAAGAUUGUUCAUAUCCAAGAAACGGCAUCCUAUACAGCUAAUAAAAUAAACAUAUUAUAGAUCUGAAUAUAGGGAUAAAGUAUAAGUGUUUAUCAGUAUUAAACCACAGUAGCGGAUAUUUAUUAGAUUUUUAUUCCUUUUAGUUAUCUUUAUAAAUCGCUUUCGACUAUUUGUUUAUAUCUUUUACACUGAUUUAAUGUUAUAUUUUUUGUUAUCAUAAAUUGUAAUGUUGUUACGAUUACUAUCUAUGUUUUAUUUUAUAUAAUGUCUAUGUUUUAUACUCUUUUU